GGAAUUUGAUUACAGCACGUGCGAGAGGGAGCGAUGUAUAUCUUAAAGAGAGUCUCAACUCUGGAAUGGGAUGAUCCGUCAAUACGCUCUAGGCACUCAAGACUGAAUUGAAGCGGCCUGAUUUGCGUUCGCCCUUUCCCUAAUUUUAGCGGACCGCUCGCUAACAAUUCUACAGCUCGUCAACCGGGCAUCACGAAAGGCCCUCAACUUCCAUCACGAUUGAGAUACGCUUUCCACCCAACAAUAUCAAGAUGCUGGGAUCUUCGUUCGCGGUGCUUGCCUCACUGGCAUUAUCCGUUCUGGCUUCAACAACUGUCCAAGUUCGAAGUGCCAACAAAAGCUUGUCACUUGCAGACCUCGCUCUGCAAAAGGUGCUCGAUGAUGCAUCUCCAAUCUUCGGAUACUAUGUCCAGAACAAGACUUCUACCUCAACAUGGAUGAAAAGUUACCCAGACAGCACCAAGAUCGUUCAUAUGAAUCUCCCUGGGGUCCAUGAUGUUCAGACCUGGAACUAUUCUUUAGCCACUCAAGAAGCUCUUGAUCAUGUGACUAACUUGGAUGGAGUUACUGUUUAUCCUCCCGAGAUCUACAGAUGCCAAGAACAGCCCAUUAUCAGUAUGUUGAACGCUGGUAUUCGUGUCUUCGAUCUCCGUGUUGCUUUCGAUCCAACAAAUUCUACACUUGUCUUCUGGCAUUCUCAAGCCCUUCAGUCUGAAACUGCAACUAUGGGCGAUGUCCUAUUCGGUUUCUACAAAUGGCUUGACGAUCACCCAAGCGAAGCACUCUUGCUGUCUUUUAACUACGAAGGAUCAACCACUGCCUACGCUCAAGACGAUGCCGCUGUCCAGCUUGCCAUCUACAACACCCUCACUACCCCCGUCGCAAAGAAGUACUUCCUCCAGGCCCAAAAUGUAUUCGGUACCUUGGGAGAAGCCCGUGGGAAAAUUACCCUACUUCGCCGCUUCGAUCUCUCAGCCCUCCCAUCCUCAUACUCAGACUCGAUCCAAGGCAUCUAUUUCUCCGCCGAUCAAUGGAUCGACAAUGAUCCUGACAUAACCCUCAUAUACAACGCUGCCCAAAAUCUCACCGCUUACAUCGAAGAUUUCUACGAACCAGGACAACCGUACGGGCAAGGGGCCGCCUACAACAUUGAAAGAAAAUACAACGCGACGACAACGCACAUUAUCAAAGCCACGACGCAGUAUCCGGAUAGUCUAUUCUGGACCUUUGCAUCCAGUGAGAAUGAUUCCGAUAAUCCGAUUGAGACGCCGGAAAUUAUGGCACUGGGAAAUGGAACGGAUACCCCGCUAGGAGGUGUGAACCAGAGGUUGAUUCCUUUUUUCAAGGAGCAGGAGGGAAAGAGGGUGGGAAUUGUCAUGUUUGACUUCUUUGAUCAGCCGGGUGAUUUGGUGCAGAGUUUCCUUGAUAUUUAAAUUCACUUAGGAACUUGACAUAAAAUGGUCUUGUCUAUACAUUGGGUUUUCGUGGUGGAAAGUAUCUUUUUGGUACUAGAUCGCGAACCUUCCGAGAACCGUACUUAUGAAGAGGAGCUUGUCGG